CGAUGCGACAUUUCUAGUUUUAGAUGGCUAACUUUGAGCAAUAAUACAUGUUUAUCAGUUUUAAUUGGCGUUAAUUUACGGAAACGGAUCGCUUAUCAGUAGAGAGGCAAAUCGUCCCAGGAAUCAAAGUGACGAAUCGGAUAUAUCCUAGUUUAUUGCCAUUAAUACCUGCAAUUAAAACGAUAAGUUGAUUAGAAAUAACAACAAACACUUAUCUCCGUAAAUUUCCAGAAUUUUCAUCAAGCAAAUGGACAAUUGGAUACGAGGAUAAUAUUUUAUGAGAAAUCAGUUUCAUCAACCAAAUGGACGAUUGAAUACUAGGAAAAUUUAUGAGAUUUAACUUUUAAGACUUAUCUGACAUAAUUACAAAAGUAAUCGUCGUGUUGUUUUGUCGUCACGCUUCUGUGGAAACCAUCACGUACGCUUCCUAUAUGUGGGCAAAACACAUUAUUUAGAUGGUAUCAAACCGUAUCUCAACACAUUAUUUCAGCAUUUAGUAGAGGUUAAAUAUACCCUAAGGAAACGUUUUUUGUUUCGAAUGACUUUUUAGCGUGUUGACUAAGAAACCCAGUGGUGGGAAAAACCCAUAUAGGCUCUAUAAACUCGACCAACCCAGACCAACCACAUAGUAAGAAACUCGAAAUAUUUCGGCAAAUCUGAUGGGGUUUUCUCUUGCUAGCUAGAUUACAGUGUAUGUUUCUAAAGCCACCAUCUGCGUAGCACACUUACAGGGUGGUAGCUAGUUUCAAACAGAGAUCGCUAAGGAUUAGACGCUCCAUCGCUCAGCGGGAUAACUCAAAUAUAUACCUUAUUUAGGAUGUAUUACUAUAGAACAAUGCAGAAGAAACACCUGUAUACCUUACUGAUGUUCAUGUUACUCUUGGAAGAAUGUUAUGCUGCAGCGGGAAUAAAAUGGCUGGCUCUUGGAUUAUCACAGACCAUACCACGUAUACAAGAUGAAACAAUUUGUGAUAAACUAACUGGACUAGUGAAGAAACAAAAACACAUCUGCAGACAACAAAUAGAGGUGAUGGACAGCGUCAAACUCGGAGCGUCCAUGGCUAUUAAAGAAUGCCAGUUCCAGUUCAGAAAUAGACGCUGGAACUGCAGUACCGUGGACCCCGUAUCUGUCUUCGGUAAUAUUUUGAAUCAAGGUACUAGAGAAGUUGCCUUUGUGCAUUCAAUAUCGUCUGCAGGCGUCUCACAUACCGUCACCCGAGCUUGCAGUUCCGCGAAGCUUACGAAAUGCGGAUGUGACCGGACGGUUAGGGGACGGAGUUCCAAGGGAUUUGAUUGGGCUGGAUGCUCGGAUAACAUCGCAUACGGAAAUGCAUUCUCCAAGACGUUUGUAGACGCUAGAGAGCGGGGGAGAAAGGGGGAUGGGGGAAGAUCGUUGAUGAACUUACACAAUAAUGAGGCUGGUAGACAAGUUAUAGACGACAACAUGCGUGUGGAGUGUAAAUGUCACGGCGUUUCGGGUACAUGCGAGCUGAAAACCUGCUGGAGGGCAAUGCCCACUUUUAGAACUGUGGGUGAAAAGCUGAAGGAGAAAUUUGAUGGCGCAACAGAGGUUGAACAAAGACGGAUUGGAACACGAAGACAGCUUCUACCUAAAAAUCCCCAGUUCAAACCUCAUACAGGUUCCGACCUGGUGUAUUUAGUCCCAUCUCCUGAUUAUUGUGAGAUGGACCCACAUACAGGGUCAAUAGGGACAAGCGGACGGUUGUGCAGUAAAGCAUCUAAAGCUAUAGACGGUUGUGACUUAAUGUGUUGCGGAAGGGGGUUCACUACACGUGUUAAAACAGUGACUGAGAGAUGCAUGUGCAAGUUUCAUUGGUGUUGUUAUGUGAAAUGUAAGGAAUGCCAGAGAGAAGUAGAGGAACACACGUGUUUAUGAAAAACGUGAAAUUCAUCCACUUAUCCAUCCUCAUUCCAUACAUCUAGACAGAGAUUACCCUGCGACCGAUAGAGCACACACGCUAUGCAAACUGACGAAAAACAACAGACAUUGGUGCCACGUGGCUGGUGCUGACUGCUGAUCGUGCCCAACAUAUCAGUAGUCAGUGACGAAUUAUUUAAGUAUACUCCAAAAGUGCCUGCAAAGUACGACAUGUCGUUUGAUGUCGACUGAAAAAAUAUUUGCGACGAAGAACUGCUGACUCGACGACCUUUUAAUAAUACCAUCAUCGUACGUGUACGUCCAGAAAAAUGUCAUUAUCUUCGAGAACCAAAUACGCAGUCUCAAAUACGUAACAUUA